GUUUGAGCUUUCUUCUAAAGAUAAAGAAGACCUGGUAAGCAAAAGAGCGAAUCGUGAGGAGUGGGGCGUCCAUGGAAGCUCAUGGCAACGAAGAUUUCGCCGUUGGGUGCAUACUCUCCAUUAAAACAACUUUCGGUGAAGAGUUCCAAGGAAAAGUUAUCACCUUCGACCGCCCCUCAAACAUCCUUGUUAUUCAUAUCCUUUAUUAAUCAACCUUUGAUCUGUUUCAUUUUUCAAUAGCAUUAUUCUCACUUCUAGUGAAGCAGCCUUUGAUCUAUUCUAUUUUUUCUAUUGCGUUAUUCUUAAUGCGAGUGGAGUAUAGUGUUUUUCGUGUCACGUUUUUAUUUGAUUUCUUUGACUUUGAUAUUGAAGUACAAGAAGGAACGAAUUCAGUGGCAGGGACCAAGAUGAAUAUAAGGUUAUUGAAAGCCAACUAUAUCAAGGAGUUCGCUCUCUUGGGUCAAGGAGAAGAUCCGCUUGACGCCAGCAAGUGUUUUCUCGAUCUAGAAACUCUUAAAUUCAGAGAAGAUUCUGCUAUUAGACAAGCAGAAUUGGAUGCAGAGAGAUUUGGAGUUGGUGUCACACCCGAGGCUCAGAGCAUAUUUGAUGCUUUGGCUAAAACGCUUCCAGUGCGAUGGGAGAAGACAGUCAUAGUUGUGAUGGAUGAGGUCCGUGUUAGCAGUCCCUACCUUCCUGAGUCGGUGAAGGGUGGCACACCUGCUGCUAAUGAAAGGGUGCGGAAAGUGCUUGAAUUUGAGAGGAAGAGAUUACAAGCUCGCAACGUUGGACAGUAAAUGCAUUCAUCUCACCUGGGCUGUUGCAUCAAAAAUCUGUUGGAGAAACGUUUCUACAAUAGGCAUAGUUAUAACUUGUUGUAUGCUGCUGACCUCAGUGAAGAAUUUUAUAGUUCAAAUUUUGCAUCAUAUUCUUAGUCUUAUAAUGGCGUUGGACUAAACUCUGGUAAAUUUUUUCCUCAUCUUUUUUAUUCUAUCAUCUGCUCUGUCGUUUAUUUCUGGAUGUGUCCAUAGACUAAAACCAGUGUGGUUUUUAAACAACCAAAUGGUCAAUCAACCCCCCCCCCCUCAACCUAUCUAAUUUCAAGCCCUUUUCAACUUGUUAAUAUUUCACUA